GUUUCCUCGCUGUUUCCGUAAAGAAGAAUUGGUGAUUCGAAUGGCCAGAAGUAGCUGAGUUCGUUUCGGUUAACGUCACUCGUUAAGAUUAUCUGUAGGAAGAGUUUGUAAUUUGUGCUCUAGUGGAUUUUUUUAAACAGUGUUUUUAAUCUCUUGUGGUGAAUUUUAAAGGUGUUAUACUUUUAGUCAAGGCUGCGCGGCCUCCCGGGUUAGUCAGCAUGAGUUACGGCAGGGCCCCGCCAGACAUCGGCGGCAUGACUUCCCUCAAAGUGGACAACCUGACCUACAGAACUUCACCCGAAACCCUCAGGUACGUGUUCGAGAAGUACGGCCGGGUCGGGGACAUCUACAUACCCCGUGACCGCUACACGAAGGAGAGCCGGGGAUUCGCGUUUGUCCGUUUCCACGACAAGCGGGACGCGGAGGAUGCGAUGGACGCCAUGGACGGGGCGCUCCUGGACGGCCGGGAGUUACGGGUCCAGAUGGCGCGAUACGGCCGCCCUCCCGACUCCCAUCACGGGGGACGCGGAGGAGGAUCGUCGGGCCAGAGGCGCAGCGGCUCUGGACGCAGAAGCAGGAGCCAUUCCGGCAGCCCAAGGCGAAGAAGACAAAGCCGAUCCCGCAGCAGGAGCCGCUCUCGUUCCAGAAGCCGGUCCCGCUACAGCCGAUCCAGGUCCAACUCAAGAUCCAAAUCCCGCUCCCCCAGAGACAAAAAGUCCAAGGUACAUUCUCCCUCAAGAUCUCGAUCCAGGUCCCACUCCAAGCCGAGGUCCAGGUCCAGGAGCGGCAGCCCUUCCUCCAAAAAGGGCUCCAGGUCCAGAUCUAAAAGUCCGCCGAAACAGGCAGAGAAUUGAACGGAGUCCUUUGGGAAAGUUUCGAUGGAAGACGUCAGAGUUUGGCUCUCGUGCCGCCGCCGCCAGCAGCAGCGUUCAUCUGUCAAAGGUUGCUGUAUUUUGUGUUUCAGUCUUUUCUAUUUAGCUGCCCUUAAAAUACAAUUUGACUUCACGUUUAUAGAGGGAUUUGGUUUAAUUCAUGUUUGUUAUUUUUCUUUAAUUUGAGAGUAAAUUUUAGAAAAUCUUGGUGGAGACUCUGCAGGUUCAAAUAAAGACUAGAACUUUGAGGUUUACUUUCAUGCUUUAGGCUUUUUUUGUAUUUUCUAAAUCUGCUUGGAAAUGACAUUAAACAAUCAGUUGAAUAAUUGUUUGCAUUUAUUUGGUUCAUGCAUCCUGUCAAAGUGAAUUUGUUUGCUGCGAAACAGUAAAACAAUAAGCUGAAGCUGAUUUUUGUUGGAUUAGGCUUCACUGAGUGACAUUUUGCAUCUGCUUUUCUUUCAUUCUAACGGUGCUUGUGUUUGUUUUUGUGCACUAGGCGCAGUUGUGUAGCUGUUGAAUUGUGCUGGUUAGCUGUUAAGGUGCCAUGUUGCUGUGCGGGGGGCUUGGAUGUUUCCAGUUUUCUCCAGAAAGCUGCUGUGACUGCGCUGCUACGGCUGCUAAAGUCAGUCUGUCCUUUUGUGACAAAUGGAGGUUUUGACUGGAAAACGGGACUUUCAUUCAUUAAAGAUUUGGGUUUUUUUUGUCUGAAA